UGACUUCAUCAUGGGUGCACCCUCCGAGCACUAUGAGUACCUCCUACCUCCAAGCUGGAAGGGCCAAGUGAUGGCCUGGCUCCAGGAAGACACGCCAUCGUUUGAUUAUGGAGGCUUCGUCGUCGGUGAGGCUCUGCGCGAGGCCUUCCUCCUGGGUAAAGGCCGCCAGACCGCAAUCUUGGCCGGCAAGCCGUUCUUCACGGAGGUGUUCACACAACUCGGAUGUGAAGUCGAAUGGCACAUGGAGGAGGGCGAGACGUUCGAGCCCAUCAAGCACGUCGCGACGGUGCGGGGUAAGGCGAGGCACAUCCUCCUCGGGGAGCGUGUCGCGCUGAAUAUGCUUGCAAGGUGCAGCGGUAUCGCGACCAAGUCAAGGCGUAUCUUGGACCUCGCCAGGGCGAACGGGUACAAGGGCAUCAUUGCUGGCACUCGCAAGACGACCCCUGGGUUCCGGCUCGUGGAGAAGUAUGGCAUGCUCGUCGGGGGGAUCGACGCCCACCGUCACGACCUGUCCAGCAUGAUCAUGUUGAAGGACAACCACAUCUGGUCCUCAGGUUCGAUUACGAACGCGAUCAAGCAAGCCCGCAAGGUCGGCGGGUUCAGCCUGCUCCUCGAUGUCGAAGUCCAGUCUGAGGUAGAGGCGGACGAGGCUAUCGACGCCGGUGCGGACAUCAUCAUGCUCGACAACAUCGAAGGCGACCAGUUGAAGGACGUUGCCGCGCGGCUGAAGGAGAAGUGGACAGGGAAGCGCAAGUUCCUGUUCGAAAGCAGCGGGAACAUCACGGAGACGAACCUGCACGAGCGGGCCAUCAACGAAAUCGAUAUCCUAAGCACGAGCGUCGUCCACCAGUCUGUCCAGCAUAUCGACUUCAGCUUAAAGAUCCAGAAGCCCAAAGAUUUGUAAGAUGUUCCCUACAGACUAUCUGCAAGGGUACAAUACCACUGUUUCCAAGAUAACUGGUAGCAAUAAGCAGACUACGCGUGUCAUGAUAUUCCGAACAGUUUCAGGGCAUUUCCGCCCCUCACGCUGUCCUUCUCAACAUCAGUCCAGCCGUCUACGCCGUCAAUAGCCUCUAGGUUCUCUACGACGCUCUUCCACUUUUCUGUCUCUGACAGGGGAGGAAAGAAUGGGUGGUCGGUGCCAAACAGCAUCCUCGCGCUGCCGAGUUUCCUCUUCUCGAGUCCGAUGGCCCUCGAUGCGCUUGCAGACGAAGAGCGCGCAGAGAACGCGUCCGCGCGUCCGAUGACGUCGCUCACGAACCCGAGCUCUUCCGAGCCGUAAGCAACAGCGUCGAAGUAGAUUUUGCCAAGGUAGUAGCGUGCGUCGUAUUUUAGACGCGCUGCAACCAGGGGGUCGUGGUCGAUGCAGGACGCGAGGCGGGACGAAAGCUGCGGCAGCGCACCGCCCGAGUGUGCGAGGAGGAGGCGGAGGUUUGGAUGCCGGUCGAAGGCUCCGGAGAGGACCAGUCGCGUUGUUGCAAUAGUCGUCUCGAAUGGGAAGCCAAGUGCAAGCGGAAGGACGUGUCCGUUCUCCUUCUCGCCCCAGGCCUUUCCAUCGACGCCGUAAUGGGGGUGGAGGAAGACGACGAGUCCUACUUGGGAGAUGGCUUCCCAUACAGGCUCCAGCGCAUCAUCGUCUAGUCCUUUUCCGACACCGCGUGUACCCAUAAUGAUGCCCUUGAGGUGUGGCAGGCUGGAGAUCUGCUUCACGGUGUCGAGCAGAGUCUGGGCAGUCACCUCCGGCACGAGCGGCAGGAGGCCGAAGCCAUACAAUCGCUUGAGAGAUUCGCCCUGCAGAGACGGCGAAGUAGCGCAAUAUGCUUCCAAGUCUUCGUUCAGCUGGUUCGCUAGCUUGUGUGCGGUGGACGCGGAGAGGAAGUCCAGCCAUGGAUUCGCAGAGCUCACGACAGAGACAUCAAUCCCAUGCUUAUCCAUAAACUUGAGCUUCUCGUCCCUGUCCCAAUACUGGGCACCGACGGGUCUGCCUCCGCUAGGCUCAUUGUCUAGGAUCAAUAACCGUUCCUCUUGCUCUUCUGUAUCGUUGGUACGCGUGAAUAUGCGUGGUACGUUGGUGCGCGAGCGGAGGAAUGCGGCAUAUCGUGGGAGGUAGACAUGGGUGUGGAUGUCUACGAGCAAUCUCCGAGCAGCCAUUUCGUGGACGCUUGUGCGAGUGGUAGUUACUGCUCAAGUGAGCUCGACA